AUGAAGAGGAUCCAAAAAUUUCAAGCCCAUAUUCAAUCCAUAAUCCAUGCAUUUGCGUAUAGAGCAAAUCAUGACGCAAAUUUUUUAACCGCUAUGGCUGAAGAGAAAAACGGUAGAUAUUAUUAUAUUGACUCCUCCCCUUUUAAAUUUGAGCAAAGCAUCGGUAAAAUUUGCAUUUUUUGAUUAUUUUAACUCCUUUUAAAUUGGAGCAAAUUUGUUUUCAAUAUGAAAUUUUAAUGACGAAAAUUCUAUUUUUUUAUAAAAUUAGUUUUAACCUAAUACAGACAAAAUGCAGAGAAUGUUGUUUUAAACAGUUUUUUAUAAAAAUAAAUUAAAUUUCUAAGUAUUGCACUCAAUUUAUGUUUCUUAAAUUUUUUUAAAACUUUUUUAUAUAGAGAGAUUUAAAUAUAAGUUUUGUUUUUAAAAUAAAUUAACCCCUCUUUAAUUUAGAACAGGAAUUUUUUGUUCGAAUUUAAAGAAGGGUAGUUAGAAAGAAGAUUCUACACCACAAGCUUUUUCUGAUUGUCUAAACAGCUUAAUUUCUGUUAUUGCAAACCAUAUUCAAGUUCAAAUUCAAACUCAAGCAUGUGAUAUUCCAUUUGCAUUGGGGAGAAUUUAUAGUGAAGCUUGUGAUAGCAGCUUUAAAAUGCCCCUGUGCUGUCUGGAAGUAAAAAUGAAACAAUUUUUACUCUUAAUUUCCAGCCAUGCCAAAUUAAUUCCCAGAUAA